AUGAAAGCAGAGGCAAUUUCAAUGCUUCCUGCAUUUGUAAAGUGCUCAUCGGAGAUGCUCAUCUUGUGGGACAACACGUACUGCGAUCGCUUGUGGUGUUGCAUGGAGAUGUCCCUAUUCCUGAAGAAGGGUGACCUCUCCAAGCUUCACGUUGUACCUGUGUGGCUAGCGCCGUGGCUUCUUUGUACGAUGUUCCUGGAUUGGUUCUGCGCGCGGCUCACAUUGCCUAUAGUCUUCUUUUUGUGGAGCGGCGGGCAGGGGGGAGAUCUGGCAACGGACUCCCGUUGGGGCAUCGUUGCAGUAUGUGUACAGCUCUGGGGUCUCCUUCUACUUGCAUACCUACCGGCACUUCUUCCCGCACUUGUAUCCUUUGUCGCAAAGAUCGAGCAGCACCAAGCCAUGCUGAAGCAGUUGCAGGCUUUUGACAUCCGUUGUGCCAAGUGCAGCGUUGAGGAGGAUCGCACGUUGCUGGAGGCUAUCGUUGCCCGGGAGUAUGAUGGGAUCGACGACGCCCCGAUCAGCGUUGAUCUCAGUGCAGAUGAGUUCUCGACUUCCCUGGCUGACCCUGCAUCUCGUCUUUUGCCUGCAGAGGCAGAAGUCCUCCGAGACGACGCAGUCAGGAGACUCACAAGCUAUCCCGGCGUUGAGGAGUGCCUGGAAAUCUUCAAUGCACAGGUGCGAAACCAACUUUUCAGCGAACUGAGGCGGGAUCUCGGUCAACCCCAAACCCUAAACCCUAAACCCUAA